AUGGCGGCGGUGCCCGACGACGGCAAGGCAAUGGAUCUACGGUCCAACGGUGGCGCGGGGCUGGUCAUGGCGAUGGCCGUCCAAGGCGCUGCUCAGGGAGCUGCGGCGGGCGGCGCCUCGCGGCAGGCGAUAGCAGCCGCGGUCGCUGCCGCGCUCCGCGCGACACGGGCGCUGCUGGAGGAGAUCGGCUGCGAGGAGGACGCCGAGCUCGCGAUGCGCUGGCAGGCCAUGGAGCCCGCCAUGCGCCAGCAGCUGCGGGGCGCCCAGCCAGGCGGCGCCGCUCGCGCCAGGCGCAACGUCGGGGCGCACGUCGACCUCGGCAAGGGCGUCGAGGCCUUGCGGCAGGCCCUGGCGCAGCCGCAGCGGGCGGCGGAAGAGACGACGGAGGACCGCGCCGACGGCGCCAAGCUGGAGGGCACCACCAGCCUGGACAUCGGGGAGCCCGGCGUGGACGAGUGCGAGGGCACCGACCAGGUCAUCGAGACCCCCGAGGGCCAGCUGCUGGGCGAGGCCCCGCCCUCCCCACAGCUCAGCGCGGCGGUUGGCGAGGGCUCGGAGCUGGACGUGGGCGAGUGCGAGGGCACCGGCCAGGUCGUGAACAGCGCCGAGGCGCAGCCUGUUCCCGAGGCGCCGCGGGACGUCGAGCCUGGGGGCCGCGGCGGGGGCGGCCCCGAGGAGCAGCUGAUGGAGACGGAGGUGCCGAGGGCGGCAGCAGGCGCGCUUGAGGACGAGGGCCUCUACGACGGCCAGGCCGACGGCACCCAGGUCAAGAUGCAGCGGGACCGCCAUGGAGUACAGCAUCGGCACGCUCCUGAUGCUGGAGUUCACGAUCGUGGGGCUCCUCAUGUUCCUCGCCCUGCGGGGGCGGAUCUGCGCUCAGACCUGCCCGUCGACGGCGUCGAUGGCAUCGGCGCGGAGUACGGCGGCACCUUGGAGGGCAAGGUUGGCGAGAGCAUCUUCAGCGACGCCGUUCAGGCUCGCGUGCGGAGCGUCUUCCUUUUCGUCCUCAGGGUGGCCUUGCUGCUGGGCGUUGCCUCCUGCCCGUUCGUCUUCUUCGACUGGGGCACGGGCCUCACGUGCGCCCCGCGCGCACUCGACAUAGAGCUUAUGCCCGACCCGUGCCACGCGGCCCGCCAGGAGCAGUGGCUUGAGUCCCUGGUGAAGCUGCGGAGCGAGCUGGAGCGCGAGCUGGCCAUGGCUUUGCCUGGCGGGAUAGCUCGUACCAUCGAGGACGCCGAGUACGCCGAGGACAUAGCGCUGUCCUUGCGGAGGCUCGCGGAGGACAUUCGCGAGAUCGAG